UCUCAAUUCAACAACGCUAACCCAGCGACAACGCUUCUCUCUUCGUUCAGCCUUCCAAUCUCUCUCUCUCUCUCUCGAUUGUGGAUUGCUGGUUUCAGGAAACAUUUUUCUCAAAACUUGUCUCUGGAGUUCAGCGCUUCCUCGCAGAAACAGAGGUUUUGCUCUCAGACGUAUCUGUUUUGCUCAAGCGGGUGAUAUCCUCAAAUGGGUGCUUCAGGAAGAUGGCUAAAACUGAUCGGUCUCAAGAAGCCCCAAUCGAACGACCAAGAAGAGGUGGGUGGUAAGAGCCGGGGUAAAUGGAUGCUGUGGAGGUGUUCUUCUGCCAGUCGACGAUCAUCAAAGAGUUCUCAAAGAAACCCCGUGGUGGCUUCAGACACGUCUGAUUCUAUUGCGGUGGGUGAUGAUGCCUUUACUGUUGCAGCUUCCACUGUUGCUCGAGCUCCAGCCAAAAAUUUCAUGGUGGUCAGGCAGGAAUGGGCCGCUGUUCGAAUCCAGACCACGUUUCGGGCCUUCUUGGCAAGACGGGCCUUGAGGGCCUUGAAAUCAUUGGUGAGGCUUCAAGCUCUAGUUCGCGGCCGGCAGGUAAGAAAGCAAGCUGCUGUGACACUGAGGUGCAUGCAGGCUCUUGUUCGAGUUCAGGCCCGUGUAAAGGCACAGAACUUGAGGAUGUCAGCAGAAGGGCCAUCUUUGCAGAUAUUUGAACAUCACCACCAAGAUGAUCCAGUUAGGCAAGCUGAGGCAAGAUGGUGUGAUAGUCCGAGAACCAUGGAUGAAGUCAGGGCAAAGUUACUAAUGAGGCAAGAAGGAGCCAUCAAAAGGGAGAGAGCAAUUGCAUACUCCCUCUCCUCUCAACAGCAACCAAGAUCAAAUGCCAGCUCAAAUUCAAGGCUGAACAAGAAUUUACCCUCCAUGAGGCAUCAAGGAUUAGACAGGAAGAGCUCUGGAUUGAGCGGGUUUGAACAUUGGUUGGCAGCCAAGUCAUGGGAAAACAGGUUGAUAGAAGAAAUCCAUGCUGAUCAACCAGAGAUGACUCCAAAUUCUUUGAGAAGUGGUGAUCACACUAUAGGCAUUCGUCCAGAUUGUUCUGAUCACUAUUUGGCCAAUGUAAGGAGGAACAGUGUCACAACCAGGAUUUCUGCAAAACCUCCUGUAACUUCCCCAAGAGCUCACUCAUGGUCUGAUCCCAGUUAUAAUUUUCUGGUUGGUGAGAGCUCAUCAUCAAACUCUUCCAUAUCCAUGUCUUCAACUGCAGUAUCUGGUAGCAACCACAUGGUGGAGAGAAUGGAUGAGAGUAUUACCAGUAAACCCAGCUACAUGAAUCUCACAGAGUCAGUUAAGGCUAAGCAAAGAGUCUGCAAGAAUUCUUCAUAUAACAUGCAGAGACAUUUGACAGAUGAAUAUCAAUGGCAUAGGAAAUCCCUUGAGCUUACUGCUAAAGGGGAAACAAGGGGAAGUCCUAGUCUCAACCCAGCUUCUUUUAAUUUGUGCAGGGACUUGUACCCACCAGUGCAAUUGGAUCACUACAAUUGGAUUAAAAGUCAAAAAAGAUAAAGGGAGCUGGACGAUUUCUAUUAUCAUUGAAAAGCUUGGCCAACUUUUUGUAUUUGAUUCAUUGAGUUCAACAGCUUGUUGUCCUUGAAAGAGCAGGUAAGCAGGACAGAUUUGCACCAAAGGGGGUUUAUUUUGUAAAAAUGCAUCAAAGUUUUUUACGCUAAAGAAUGUCAUAUGAGAAGAGUGAUUGAUAUAAGGAUCGAUAUAGGUGUUCUAAAAUUUUGUGCUUAUACAUGUGAAAUAUGUAAAAUUAUCCUGGAUGAAAUGUUAAGAUUCAACGAACAGUGUUGUCUUCUGUAUAUAACUCUGAAAGCCUUGUUGGUUGUUAUCUAAUAUAAUAUACAUGUUUGUG